CCGACCGGAGAAGGCAGCAAGUAGGAGGUGCGGGGACCAAGAGUGCGGGAGGAUGCCGCCGCCAGCGAAGGAGGGCGGGCGCAAGGAACCGCGGGAGCGAAGCGGCAAGAGCGCGCCAGGCGCGGCGCGGGGUGAGGGGCGCGCCAAGUGGGCGCCCGCGACAGAGCCCCCCAAGCCGGGCUGGGCCCUGACGCCGCAGGGGCUAGCGGCCAUGCUCCCUGCGCAGCGUCACCGCCAUCUGCUCUUCGGCGACCUGCUGGACGACGUGGGCGCGGCGGCCUCCACCUUCCCGUGCGGGUCGGUGGAGCCGGGGUACCGCAUGCCCGACCCGCGCACGUGGACGCAGUCGCUGGAGCUGCCCGCUGAGCGCCAGAACCGGCUCCUCGGCGUACUCAAGGCGGCGGAGGCCCGCGGGCGAGUCCGCGCCCUGCGGCUGCGCUACACCCGCAUGCGGGCCGAGGAGAUCGCGCUGCUCAUCCAGCGGCAGAAGUCCGCGCGCGCCGCCAUCCGGCUGGAGCUGUUCCUGCCGCCGCAGCUGAAGCCCACGCGGAUCCCGGACCCCCUGGACCGCCAAGAGGUGCCGACAAGCCCCGGUAGGGGCGGGAAGCGGGGAGGGGCCCCGCCCGCCUCCGCACACGCCGGGCCCCAGCCUCUCUCCCCGGCAGCGGAGGCGCGUGGAGACCAUCCUGGAGGAGAACGUGGAUGGCAGCAUCUUCCCGCGGUGACGGCGACCCAAAGUGUGCGACGCGCCGCAGCCUCCCACAUAAAGUUAUAAUUCUCCGAAGGCGCUCUGGUCUUUCUGCUGCCGCUCCCCAGGACCCCCGAGGGAAGCGGGGAGUAUGGACGCUGCCUCUCCCAUGCACCUCACAGACAUCAGGGUACAGAGAGUGGGGCCUCUCCCAAAAAAGUGGGGAGACGCAAGUGGGUGAGUGUGAAAGUAACAGGUCAGGGACACGCCUACCCCUAAUCCCGACCUGCCCCCAUUGGCAACCAGGCGUUCUGUAGGUUAAUGGGAGGCCCCCAGUCUUGGGGAGGACGGAGAAAGAGCCUGUUUCAGCAAGUCACACCCCCAGAAGCAAAGGUAGCCUCAGCUGCAGUGGUCCCGAGUGCAGGUCAUCCCGCCAGGGGGCCGGGGGAGGGCUGUGCUGUGGGCAGCGGAAGUGACCUAAGCUGGCCUUUGAAGAGGCACCAGCUGUGCCCAGAGGACCAAGAGACUGGGAAAGGGGAACCCCUGCUGCCCCCGCAACAAAAAUCC